AUGGGGCAUGCACAUCAAGAGUGGAAUUCUCGUGGACAGUCACUCAAAGAACAAUUGUUCAUUUUAAUGUGUUGGAAAGACUUUGAGGAACCAGAGUCUCCUGCUAAUUUAUCUCCAACAUUUGAUUUACUUUAUGUCCCAAUGGCAGCUUGCGGGAGUGUCCUUUUUAGUCCAAAUUAUCUGUUCCCAAAAACAAAACUUGGCAACCGCUCUCUGCCUUUGAGAAAAGCAGAUGCAAGGUGGCUUUAUUCCGAUCCAACCAUUGUGUCUCUGGAAAUACUAACUGUUGUUUUAGAUAGUCUUCUAGCACUGAUCCUCAUUUAUGCCAUUAUCAAAGAGAAGUACUAUAGGCAUUUCAUACAGAUUACAUUGUGUGUUUGUGAAUUAUAUGGUGGGUGGAUGACAUUCUGCCCAGACUGGCUCAUUGGAAGUCCUAACCUAAAUACCAGUAACUGGCUUUAUCUCUGGGUCUAUCUGGUAUUUUUUAAUGGCAUAUGGAUAGUGAUUCCUGGACUUUUACUGUGGCAGUCCUGGUUAGGACUUAAGCAAAUGUAUCAUGAAAACUCAAAUACUAAAAAGAAGAUUAGAUGAAGAUAAGCCCACAUCAUUAACCCGAUUAACUGAGAGAUUUAAAUUGUGAGUGCAAGCAGCAUUAUUGUUUUUUUGCAGACACACAAUCAACUGAUUAUUUUGUUCAUCUU